AACCUCCCUGUUCCCUCCCUGUCCCAGACCGUGGGAGUUAAAACAAACACUCCCCAGGGUUGAUUGUCAGUGGAAACCACUCACUGUCUCCCCAAUCCAAGGAACGGAAACAAAGUGAGCAGGCAGAUGCUAGGUGAGGCCACACCAUGAGGGGCCAGCUCCAGACACCAGAAUCUAACCAGAUAGUUGGCUUAGGGUUAAGGGCCUUUUAAAGUUUCACAGUAGAAAGGAUGUCAGGGGUCUCAAUUCCAAGCCCUGCCUAGGAAGGAAGCCCCCCUGCAGCCUCCUGAUGGCCUGAUGGUGUCUGGUGCCUGACUGUACAUACCCUCACUCCCACACCAGAUAUGUGACUCACUUCCAACACUGUGAAUUGCUCAGCCCAAAGGGCAUCUGACUUCACACUAAGCUGAGCCUAUCCUGUGUCCCUGGACUCGCCCAUUGGUCCCUGCUCUGCAUUGAGGAUCCACAGAGCCCACCUGCCCUCAGACCUGCCACAGCCCUUCAAAGGGCAAGAGGCACAACCAUGACCCUCAGGCUAGCUCUUGAUUCCAGGCCAGAGACCCAGUCCUUUCAGUUAUGUUUUACAGACCACAGUGUGGGAACCCGCCCGCAUCCCUGCCACCUUCUCUCCAAUUUCUCUGUAACUUGGGAGCAUGCAGUGGCAGGCUUGUGCCAAAGGACCCAGCCCCAUCUCAUCUCUCCCUAUCUCAUCUCAUGCUUGUUGCCUGCCGCUAUGAUAUAGUCCCUGGGCCUUUGGAGUUUCUUCCAUAACCUGGUCCUUGGCAUCUGGGCUGGGGGGUCCAUGGACAGUGCUGGACAUUUCCUGAUUCCUGGAACUCAGUCCCAGGAUCAGGGUUUUCUGUUCCCCUUGGCAGGAAUCCCACGCUGAUUCCCAUAAAGCAGGGCCAGUUCUUGGUCUUCUUAAAGGCGGUGUUGGCCUAGCAGAGGCCUUGCUGGUUGCAUCUGUUCUUUCUGGCCAGAGACCUUGGUGGGUAACAGCUGGUGCAGCCUCACAGCCCAUGUGCUCAGGGCCUCAGAGCCAUGUGUGGUGCCAGUGGCCAGCUCCCCAUGAGAUGCAAACAUCAGGGAAUCCAGCUAAUACCUCAUUCCCCCUUGAGGCCUGGCCUAGACUGGGUGUGGUGUGUGUGUGUGUGUGUGUGUGUGUGUGUACUUGUUCAUCUGUCCAACCAUCCAUCCAUCCAUCCAUCCAUCCAUCCAUCCAUCCAUCCAGGGAUUCAUUCAUUCUACAUGCCUAAUGUGGGCCAGGCUCAAGAGACCCAGAGAGGAGAGCCCUCUGGGAGUCCCCAGUCUGGUAAAGGAAGCAGGAGUAGGCACAGUGAGAGCACAUUAGAAACAGGCACAAUCACAGAUGGAAGCCAGGUGCUGUGGGUGCCCCAAGGAGGAAUUGCCUUGGGUGGAUUAGGGAAGACUUCCCAGGUAAGGCUUGUAGCACAGGUAGGAGUUCAUUUGGUGCCAAUAGUAGAAGUAGUGGCCAGGUACAGUGGCUCACGCCUGUAAUCCCAGCUUGUGCUUUGGGA